AUGUCCAAACUGCCUGGCUACUUACCGCUAUCAACCAGUGCAUCAACAGACAUUCCAGAAAGAUACACAGAUCACCCAUUCAGAGCAAUUCCAUCAUUCGGUUAUCCAUCUGACACUCAUGUGGUCGUUCUCGAAGAGCUCGAUGGAAAUAGUCCACCAGAAACUCCUUUAAACGGGUAUUUCAUAUAUAAGGAAGAGAGAAGAACCCCCAAAAAGAUUGCCGUGCGUACAUUGAUGGCAUCGUUCCUAUUACUUGUAUCUGGUCUUCUUCUUUGGAAACUUGUUCAUUGUCAAAGUAAUGACAUGAGUGUUGGUUACGAGGAAUAA